AUGGUAAGGCCCUACCCCCUGGCCUACCUCCUCCUCCUGCAGCUGGGCACCUGCUUUCCUCUGCUGGACAGAAGAGAGCCCACAGACACCAUGGGUGGCAUCGGAGCUGGAGGGAGCUGGGCCAACCUGGCUAAGGGGCCCCAACCCCACUUCGUGUGGGGCUCCUCUCAGUGGCUGAGAGCAUCACGGCCACAGGCCCUGCUAGUCAUGGCCAAGGGGCUGCAGAUGUCGGGCAGAGAGCAUGCUGGCCACAGAUUCCACUUCAGGAGGCAGGACCAAGACAGUGAAGCCACCGGCUUCCUCCCCGCUGAGGGGGACAAGGCCAGUGGCCCGUUAGGGAACCUGGCUGAGGAGCUCAAUGGCUACAGCAGAAAGAAGGGCGGCUUCAGCUUCCGCUUCGGUCGGCGGUGA